GGGAGGUGUUUCGAUUCUCGUAGUAUUCCGUUGCUGUGCGCAAGAAUUGUACUUUCGAUGUAAUAAUUCGACUGAUAAAUUCUCAAUAACAAAAGUUUAUGUGAUAAUUUUUAUUCUUUCUUAUGCAUACACUGCUUUUCCACCCUGAGCUUUCCUAAGAUGUCUUUAAGCAGAUUUGCACAUAAUAUACUCUUCAAGCAAAGACUUAACACAGUCAGAAUAUUAUCUAUAACUAAUACUAAUUCUCACAAUAAUUAUGAGCAAUAUCGAAACUUCAAAAAUUUUGGACACAAAAAGCAAAAAUUACAACCUUGGACAGUAAGGUUCUAUACAACUAUAAUGACUAUUACUGUCUUAUCAUUUUUCAACUGGAACAGCGUAAAAAGAUUCUUGUUUCCAAGUGUUGAAGCUGCUGCAAAAAUUCAACAAAUUGACAAUCAUGAAGAUAGUGAUCCAGAGGAGUUAGAUGAUGGAGAUGAUCAGAAGAAGAAAAAGAAAAAAGAAAAAAUUGGAUUUCGAGAUAGAAAGAUUGUUGAAUAUGAGAACCGCAUAAGGCAGUUUUCUACACCAGACAAAGUCUUUCGAUAUUUUGCAACGCUAGAAGUAAUAAAUCCAAACAAUGGUUCACACGAGGUGUUGAUGACUCCAGAUGAUUUCUUAAGGUCACUGACACCUGGUGUCUUGCAACCAGAGGGCCUGGGAUUGGAUAAGUACAAACGAUAUGAUCCUAAGACUGUUCAUACGAAAUUAGAAUUGGAAUUAGAUCAAAACAGUAUAUUCUACAAAUUGGGAAGUUACGGAUUAAUUACUUUCUCUGAUUAUAUAUUUUUGCUUACUGUCUUAUCAACUUCUCGACGUCAUUUUGAAAUAGCAUUCAGAAUGUUUGAUGUGAACGGUGAUGGAGACGUAGACUAUGAAGAGUUUAAUAAAGUUGCUACUUUAAUUCGCCAACAAAGUAGCAUAGGGAACCGACAUCGAGAUCACGCUAACACUGGAAAUACAUUUAAGGGUGUCAAUUCGGCUUUAAUGACUUACUUUUUCGGGCCUGACUUGAAGAAAAAACUAAAAAUUGAGAAAUUUUUGGAAUUUCAAGAAUUGUUGCAAAAAGAAAUUUUAAGUCUAGAGUUCAAGCGUAAAGAACCUGAUGAGAAUGGAUUCAUUUCUGAAGUUGCUUUCACCGAGCUUAUAUUGGCCUAUGCUCAAUUUUCUGAAAAGAAAAAGACUCGCGUUGUAAAAAGAGUAAAAAAAACAUUUAAAGAUUGUUCACAAGGGAUUCAUGAAGAUGAUUAUCUGAAGUUUUUCCACUUUUUAAGUAAUAUAAAUGAUGUUGAUACUGCUUUGACAUUUUAUCAUAUAGCUGGAGCAUCGAUAGACCCUGCAACAUUGAAACAUGUGGCGAAAACUGUAUCGCACGUUGACUUGAGUGACCAUCUAAUAAAAGUAGUUUAUACCAUAUUUGAUGAAAACAUGGAUGGACAGCUUAGUAAUCGGGAAUUUGUUGCUGUAAUGAAAAAUCGUGCGCUUCGAGGUUUGGAGAAACCUAAAGACACCGGUUUUAUAAAACUAGUACAAUCUAUACUUAAAUGUGCCAGGCAAAACUAUGCCUCUUAAAUUAGUUAGCCAGAUAAUUUUCCAAUCAUUUUUAUUGCGUCUUCUCCUUGAAUAUUACGCACAAAAUUAUAUUUAAGUCUUCAUUGAUGCGACGUCUGUUAGUUUUAGUUUUAUUUCACUGUGUAUUAUACCACUCAUAGAUAAUUUAUUUGAUAUUCUUAUUGUAGAAAUCAUUUUGUAUGAUAAUUUGUGGUUGUCAAAGAAUUUAUGCUUGUUACCAAUAAAGAAUGU